AUGGGGGCCUCGGAGUCUAAGCUUGUCUUCAAGCAGGGCAUCUUCCGUCUCUCGGAGGAGAAGGAGAUCCCCGCAGACGACCCAUACUGGACAAGAUUCUGGGAACUCCCUGAAUCCACCGAGGACGUCUUCAGCUUGUUCACGCCAGCUGACAUUCGGCGAACGCGGGACCAUGCCUUAUCCAACUUCGAAACGCUACUGCUAUCGGUCUCAUCACGACUGAUCGUUCUGAAAAACCAUCCUUCUUUCCCGAAUCCUGACCUCGCCCCCGAACGCGAUGCGCUCAAUUGUAUCCGAGUCCUAGCCCGCCUCCUUCCUUAUGUCUACGAAGCAGAACACCUGGAGGAUUGGGAAGAUAAGUUCUUCUGGGCACGACGCAGGAGGAAGACGAGAAAGGCGCAGAUUUCUGGGGAGGUGCUAUUCGAUGAGGCGCAGCCAGAAGAGCAACAAGGACUGGGUCCCGGCGAAGAGGAGUAUGAAGAGGUCAAGCCUCUCGCGGAAGAGCUGAUAGACACUCUGUUGGACCUGCUCUUCUUUUCCGACUUCACAAUCCCUGUUCUUCCAACAGCAAAGAGCAAGAUAUCUUAUUCGAUUUGGCAAAGUGGCGUGGGGUGUAAUACGGCUAUGGGCACCAGCAAAGCUUUCGAGAGCAAUCGAUGCGAGAUCCUUCGUCUUCUGCUUACAAUCACUGGCAAGGCUAUGUACAUGCCUUCAAACACAUUGCCUGUACAAGGUGUCAAGGCAAUCACCUACAUUACUACUUGCCAGGAUAAACAGUCCGUCCUGACUCUACUCUGCUCUCUGCUCAACACGGCCAUGAAGUACAAUCCCGCAUCAUGGAGAGUGCCAUACGACCACGUUGUGUGGAAAGAUCCCAAGCAGAUGCUGGUAAUAUACUGCUUGCAGCUUCUCCUUGUUCUUCUAAUCUACCCUAUCCCAGAAGAAGGACGAGGCGUGGCGCCCAAGAAUUAUUAUCGUCACUACUUUGGGCGUCUCCACAGACCCCAGGAUUUUCAAUUUCUAGUCGAUGGUAUGACAAGAGUUCUAAACCAGCCAAUGCAAGCAACCAGCUCCUACUUCCCUGGAAGCCAAAGGGCAGUAAAAUGGGCACCUGAGAUCCUCAUUCUUUUCUGGGAGACUCUACAAUGCAACAGACGAUUCAGAUCUUUCAUAAUUGACUCCAACCGAUCACACGAUUUCUUGAUUCUUUGCAUCUUUUAUGCAAUGGAAUAUCGAGCGGAUCCUUCCAAACAAGGUGUGGUCCGGAUGUGCAUUUUUAUCCUCCAGACGAUGAGCGCAGAACCCACCUUUGGAAAGAGCCUCAAUAUGAAGUUUGAGGGCCAAGAAACCUUACCCCAGUCAAUUCGAUUCCUGAAAUUCCGAGGAUCAUACGCUGACUACCUCAUCAUGUCAGUUCACGCCCUAAUGACCACCAGCAAGGGAAAUCUCGACACCGUCUAUCCUGCGCUUCUCAUUAUCUUGACCAAUAUUGCCCCCUAUGUGCAAAACAUGUCUUCAACCGCCUGUUCCAAGGUCAUCCAAUUAUUCUCGUCCAUGUCAUCGCCAAGCUUCCUGCUCGCCAAUGAGACGAACCACACGCUCCUUGCUUCCUUUCUUGACUUCAUCAACGCAAUUUUGGAGUACAAUUUCGCGGAAAACCCAUACCUCGUUUAUGCGAUUUUGAAGUACAAGCAAAGGUUUGAGGCCAUCCGAGCGUUUACUAUUGAAAGUGGCCAGCAGGAGAUUGAGCGUCAAACCGAAAAGCGCAAGGCUGCGGACACCCCAGGUGAAGUUCCUACUAGCCCAUCGCUGUCGCAUUCCGAAGAGGACUUGCACAUGCCCUCGGGCGCUCGUUCACCUCUGACGCGGAUCCCGGAGGAGAACGGCGCAUUCGUGAUUGGAGACGAUGACUCCGAUGACGAGGGACAGCACACCCCGUCCCGGUCAUCCCCAUCCGGUCAGAAUUCUCGCAGGCCUUCAAAUGCAUCAACCAACGACGAAAAUGGCCUCCAACAGCUUCGAGGAAUGUCCGAGAAGGCACGUGGUAAGAUGCCUGCUGGUAGGCCAUCGUUCUCUCGGCAGAACAGCAUGACUAGCCAAACUAGCUUAUCGGCGCUUUUUACAUCUCCGUCAACUGGCUUUACGCCCACUGUCCCUUGGCUUGAAUCCUGGCUACCAGAGCUCCCGCUGCAUACGAUUAUCACCAUCAUUUCAGCCAUUGCACCCCACAUCCCCGAUUCAGCUCUGCAGACUACAUCUAGCCCUGAAGCUCGCACGUUAGUCGCUAACCUUCCAUCUUUCACGGAAGAACCCCAGAUCAAGAACAUCAUCUCAGAGCCCACCCCAAUUCGUGCGCAGUCUUUUGAAUGGACCGCGCUUUCUAUGGGCUGGUACGAGUCACUUCUCUGGGGCUUCAUCUUCUCCAGUGAGAUGGUGGUUGGAUCUGCUGCGGGUGGUACACCUGGCACGGUCGGUGUGUGGAACGGCACUGCGAUCCGGCUUUUCAAGGUUCAAGAAGCUGCGGCGCAGGGCCCGACUCUGCUCGCUCCGAAGGGUGCUGUAGAUGCCGUUGGAAGUAAUCUGGUCCAGCGCAUCGGCAAUCUCAGCCUGCGGGGACGCAACUCAGCGUCGCAGGAGUCCUCAAGCAGCCAGUCACCCAGUAUACGGGAGGUCUAG